GUUUGCUGAAGGUCAUCUCACGCGACAAGCUCGAAUGACUCGUGGUUUCCGUGUGCAGCUAUGAGCAAUGGGUCUAGACGAGAGCAAAUUGCAUCAUUCUCCAAAGAAUCCAUCUCGGGACUACAAAAUAUGCUUAUCCGCUCCCAUCGUACCAUGGCGGAUCAUUCACCAGUGCUCAAUAGAGCUGUGGAAAAAGUCACAUCGAGGUAAAUCCAUAACUUCUCUCGGUAUAUUACGACCUGACACAGAAUACUUCAACUUUCCUGACAGACCGAUGCUUUGUAACUACCAGCUUCCAUAUGAGUGCACCCCCGCAUUUUGUUUGAGCAGGCAAAAUAUCAUAAACUGUCGAAAGUCUCGUUCAGUUUUUACUCUAGGGAAGCGGAAACGGAGCACAAAAAUGGCUGAACACUUCGAAUACAACCACAUUCCCGCGCGGCUUUCAUCUAUCCAGGUAAUGGUAUAUUUUAUUCUGAAUAUCCACGUUUCAGAAUCUACAUUUCAAGUCGAUCCUCGAUACCCAAUGUGGAUUAGCCGUCGUUCAUUUGGCACGGGAUAUGAUAACGCAGUUUGCUGUAGUUGACUUGUGUAUCAACAAAUUUUUGGGAUCUUUUGGGCGGCAGACUAUCAUUUUCAAUCCGGAAUCAACGACUGGAAAAAUUUCACCCGACGGUGGGUGGUGUCUCAUCAAACUUUCAUCUCCUCAGAACAGGAAUGUUUCUCUCCUGAAGCUGUACGAUCUGCGCUGCUGUGAACUACUGACGGAGCUUCUUCUAUCUCCCCAUCCAGAACCUGUGCCCUUGGUAAAUGCGCCAGCACCCGCGCGAACUCCACUAGCUCCGAAUCAGAAUGUCAACCGUCCGCAUCCGACUACCGAACUUAAUCCACUACAGCGACGUAUGACCAUCCUGAACGAAGAUAGACAAGGAAGGUCAACCGACGAGAAGCGACAUUUUGUGGCGACUCAUCGGUCAGCCUCCGUGUUGUUCGCUUUCGAUCCACGCUUUUUACACUCCCGGAUUGCUAUUACCAAUGUGAAUUUUGUGGAUCCUCAUUUUGAUGGAUCUGCGUUGGAGGCCCGAACAAGCUUGACUCUGAUGACCCUGCCCACCUGGGAAAGGGUCGCAACAACCACCAAGUUUAAGUGCCCGGUGUUGGCCAGUCGCAGUCCCGCUUCGGCCGGCACGUCUUCUAGAUCCGCCACUGGCUCUUGUCAGCAGAGUCCUUCGAGUACAAGUGUAUCUGGACGUGUCCUACAUCGGCACAGAGCAGCCUCAGAGGCAAAUCAGCCUAUAGAUAGGCAGCAAACCCACUGGCCUACUCUGGCCUCUCCUCAUAUUUUAAGCAUAUUCUAUUCGCGAGACGGAUACCUUCUGUUUGUAGUCUCCACCGAAAGUCGCGUGUGUCGAUGUUCCACAAUAGGACACCACGCUUCUUCCACCAAUGUCAGUACUGUUUUUCCAUUCGCCUCCUCAGAGUCUGUGGAAGAUCGUGAGGAUGUAGUUCUUCGUUCAUCUCCUGUUCGCGUCAAUGCCACAGCCAAUCAUGACGGCUCUCGAGCCCAUCAAAUACAUCGCUCGGGAGCCGUCUCGUUCUGUCUUCCAUCAUCCGAGAAGACAGAAGUCUCACAAAGACACAGAGACCCGAUUGCAUCACAUACAUCCAUGCUUGCACCAACUCUUCCAGGUUGUAUUACUUUAUGGUUGACCAUUUUCAAUUCAGACACACUGUCCCGCCUCAGAACUUUACGAUUCGACCGACCAGUCUGCCCUGUACACACAUGCCCCACAAACUAUAUUCCGGUGAUGAGCCGAUGCGGGUCUCGUCUGGCUCUCAUCACAAAUCAAUAUGUUUCCCAGCAUUUGAGUAAAUACCGUUCAGGACUAUCCGCAAAUUGUGUGGUCAACACGGGCGUGCUAACUCCGGCCUCCCUGCGGCACUCGAUACCCUCAGUCAAUGUGGAUGUUUACGCACGGACGCAUAUGAAUCAUUCUCGUCACCCGGACUGUAAGGCUGGCGUACAUUGUAGUAGUUCCCAGUUGACGCCAGAUAAGCAGCUGGCCGAUCCAUCACUCCCCACUCCAGGUGACUUAACUACCUCUUCUCUGAUGCUUCCUUCUCCUCCGGUGGCCAUCGAUUUGCUGCAGCCCAGUCUGGCGGCAAGUGGCAAUUUGUCGUCUUCUUCUCCUUCCCCUUUACCUCGGAUCCAUUUUGCCGAACACAAUGGUACUUCUGGUAGCAAUCGACGAGGCUACACAGAUCAUUUGCUCUGUGGUAGUGAGUUCUAUCCCCCUGGUUCGUCCACAGCGGCCACAUCGUCCUCCACUCCGGCCAUUUAUUCCGGUUCGAACAGUCUUCGUCAAAUCGAAGUGAUCUUGGUCUAUCAGCUUCCUCCGCCACCAUCGCUUCAGGCACUAAUUCGUCAAAAAAUCCGACAGUUGGUGCAGGACAAACUUUUGGACCGUCUGGAACUUCCGCCCCGACUAAUCAGUUAUCUUCGCUUCCAGCCGACCUUUGCCUGCGCCGGUUCAUGCUUGUCCAGAUCCGAUAGUCUAUCACCUGUGGUUCUGAGUGAGACCGUGGACGCAUCCAACUCGUGACGGGUGUGUGAUCGGCACAGCUGGAAUGUGUCUCUACGCACGAUCGACCCAUCCAUCUUGUCUUUUCUUAUCCGCGCUCACCUCACUGUAAAUUUCAUCGAUCGGUUAUCCUAUCUUACCACACUGUCUGUGCACAUGCUUUAAUCGUGCUUUCCCACAUGCGCAUACUUGUUUGUGGAUCUGUGUAAUGUGUUGUCCCGAAAAAUAGACAACGACUGUCAGGAGUGUGUGUGUGUGUGUGAUAAUGCCCACUCUUAUCGAUCGCUUUGUCUUCACUGUUCGAAUUACAGUAUGUUUUAUUUUGUUUACUGUGGCAACUGCCUCUGGAAUUCCACCAACCCUAUGCAGGAGCAUCGGUACAUUGGUUGUUUCUUUUUUUCUUUUCUGAUCUACGCUGGUAGAUUUUGUUAUAUUUCUAUGAUUAUUCCUAUUAUUAUUAUUAAUACUGUUAUUGCUCUUAUAUUGGGAAUUGUCUUUUUCCCCCACAAACUACGCUCAUAAUUCGGUUGUACACGCCACUCCCCACCAUCCACGAAUUGACCUGACUUAUUUCUUGCCAUCCGCUUCCUCCGUCUCAUUUUUUGUCAGUUUUGUUCAUAUAUCAUUUCUUAUUUUUCUUUUUGGCUUUCAUCAUUUUUCGCUUAUUUGCCUGACGGUUCCUCACACCCACAACGCGACAACACACAAGAAUCACACAUGUCACGUCUGAAAACAUGUCGAUCUAUCGCCGUAGGUUUUCA